GCACGGGCAGCCCUCUUUGUGUUCCGCGCGGCGAGCGGCGUCAACGCCUUCUCCUCCUCCUCCUCCCUCUCUCCCGCGGGCCGUGACGCGGCCAGGGCUGCAGCUCCCUCUGCUUGCGCCGUGCGGUACUGGUGGCGGUAGCCGGCUCUGUUGGAGCCGGUGACAUUCCGGCCGAGGUUUUCCCAUGGAGAAGGAGCAGCGGCAGCAGCUCGCACAUUCUCCACGGGCGAGCCAGGAUGCCAUGACUUCCGAUAUGAAGACCGACCUUUUCCAACAACAGCCAGCAGCUGGGUCGUCACUGCAGCUGCCUGUGUCAAAUCUGGAGUGUCUACGCAAGAGCCGUAAAACCGUCAAGAGAAUCCUGUGCGACAUUGGCCUGGAGUGGUGCCAGACGUUUGUGGAGAACCAGGAGGACGAGGAGCUGGUUACUUGGAACUAUCAGUGCACAGACUGGGAGCUGCUCACUGAACACGAACCUCCCGCAAAGCACAAGCGUAAAGCCCUGGCGAGUUUGCCGGCCACCACGCGAGGACGAAUACGCAGAAGAGCUGAACAAGCGAAUGUACUCCAUGCUCGGGAACAGACCAGUGGCACCUUGGCAGUAAAGACCAAAAAACCAAGACGUCAGGAGAGCAACUAUGAGACGAUGCUGCGGCACGCGGCGGCCUCGCACGACCCCAGGCACCCCUGGUCUCCCGUCGGAUACACCAGCUUUGCGCCGUCGUGGCCGGGCGGCAGCGGGCAGCAGCAGUACAUCUGUCCCACACAGCUGCUUGCCUUCCAAUCAUCCUUGCCGCCGCUGCCGCCCCACUAUCUUGCCCCGCCGUCACAGAAUGCAGCUCUGAGCGUUCAACCGAGCCAAGCGUCUAUGGUUCCUGUGGAGAAUGGCGGAACAGUGGGCUCGACCGUUUCAUCACUACAGGUCAAGACCGGAUCACGAUUAGUAGUACCGGCACAAAAACUUCAGUUCUGCCGGUUCUGCAAGGAGUUUGUGACCUCAGAGGUAUUUCUGGGGCAUACCCUCACGUGUCACGGCCCCAUGUUGGCAGAGGAGAACGGCCUCUCCGCUCCACGCAUGUCAGAGUGCUCCUUGUGCAAAGCAGAGAUGCAUCCCACGAUGCUGAGAGAGCACAUGCUGCAGCAUAGCCUGCGCUGCCAGUACUGCCUCUUGGCCUUCAAGGAACAUCGGCAGAUGCUGGAACACAUGGCCAAAGAACAUCCGUACUAUGGGACGAGUGGCUCUACAGUUCUUGAAUCGCAAGCCGUCAUUUCUGCAAGAUCUUCCGCGCACUCGCAAACGUUUACGAACGAUUUCCAGGCACCAGAAAACAUUAUGCCACACAAGUUUUUGCAACCUCAGUGCACCGUGUCAAACAUAAGGCAGCCAUGCAGUGGUGCGACCGUGCAGAGUCAACCUUCGAAUGCGUCUCUCCCAAUCUUCACUUUCACCCUCCCGCCGGUCCCAGUGUCUGCCCAAGAUCAACAGUCGUUGAUUCUUAAGUUGGUCCCUCAACAAUCUGUUGUUGCGUCACAAUCACAGCAGCUUGGCAAUAUGCCAGCGUUGCUCACACUGAACUUAUCGCAGGCUCCGCAGUCUGGCGGAGUUCCCCGCUUUGUGUCUAUAGCUCCCUCCAUGCCAGCAAUGCAGUCCAACCAGGAGCCCCCUGUUGUCUCUUCCCGAGUGACGACCGCGUGCGCACAAAACGUAGUUUCCACAGUAAGCAAAGCGAUUGAGAAUAACGUGAUGCCCGGACAGGAACCGCUGCGUCAGCAAACGGACAGUGCCACACAGCUUCACUUAGCGAUGGCGUCGCCUACAGCGGUGAACGUUUCGGAAGCAGCUCAGGCGCAAUUCACCGUGAACCCCGGCACCGCCUCAGCAUUGCAUCAGCUACAGAAUGGCAUGUGGGCAUCAGGCGCCAUGCAGAUAAUGAUGACGCAUCACCAGCAGCCGCACGUUGUGACGGUUCCUCACAUGUCCGCAGGGAUGAUGCCGCAGACCGUCACCAUCUGCAACCGCGGGACUGGGCAGCCCCUGCAGCUGUUGUUGCAGCCAGCUCCUGCUCUUGCUCAUUCCAGCUCCGCCCAGAUGCCCGUGGGCACGACAACGAAGGGGGUCGUAAAUUGCGACGGCGUGAAUUCCGCAGCGAUCGGUGUCUCCGCUGCUGCGACCCUGCCGGCCGCCCCGAUGCAGCAGUAUUUUGUGACGGUCAACAAUGGCUCCGCGGGCCCCAUAACCAUGGUGCCAGUGAAUCAGACCUCUACGCCCUCUGCGCAUGCCGCCGUCGCCGCCGCGAUGCCAACACCCACAGCUCUUUGCUGUGCAUCGAGCAGCUGUUUGGUCACCGUCCCUCCUGUACCUAUACCCGGCGAUUUGGGUAAAAGCCCGGCGCCACUGCCCCCUGGUGUGAACGCCACGAGUCUCCAGGAGCCAACGGGGCCGUGGAUGCCGCAGCCGAGACCUCCGGCAAUGCGCUCGCGGUUCCUGGGGCAGGUGCACGCACUUUGCGUGUUCUGCGGGGCGACCAUACGGGGACCCCAGCAGGAGAUCGCGGUCAUGGUGGAGCAUCACCUCAAUACAACGCAUGGUGUCAGCCAGGCUUUUGAUCGGAAAAAGAACAUGGUGAAGUAUUACUGCUUUCACUGCAAAGUACAGUAUCACUACCCUCUGUAUGUCAACGCGCUGGACGCUCACAAGAAGCACUGCCCGAUGCAGGUGAUGGAACGUAAGGUGCUUGGGCUAAUGGCUGCUACAAAGGACGACUGCACGGUGAACUCUCCUCAGGAGGUGAGGAUCGCUCAGUACAAACCGAAGGUCGUGGAUCACAAUGGAGGCAACGCGGCGCCACGGGUUGAGUUCGCAGUACGUUGUGUCAAAAACACACCAGUGCACAAUCCAAGUUUCAGGGAUACUAAGGCAAAAUUACAACAAAACACAACAUCUGUGAUCAUUCAGAAGGGUUGUAAAUUUAAAAAGGCAGUGCAUCAUAACAGGAGCAGCGGAUCGAUGCAGCUGGCUCUAGAUCCGACCGACCACGUCGACAAGAGUUACGACGAAAGGAAGCAGUUCCUCGUGAAAUAUUUCAAUGAGCGCCCAUACCCAAACCAGAAAGAGGUGGCCCUGCUCACAGAGAAACUGUGGAUGUGCCAUGGAGACGCGGACAUUCUGUUCGCCUGCAAGCAGGAGGAAUGCCUACGUUCGAUCGAGGCACAUCGGACCCACGUGCUGCUAGGGUUCAGCAUGCUGGAGAUGCAGGGCCUCAACCACGACCUCUUCUUCCCUGCAUUGGACUCGACCACGUGGGACAUGCCGCUGGAAAAAACAGCGCCGCCAGGGCAAAGUAACCACACAGAGCACACGGAGCACACGGAGCACACGGAGCACUUGGAGCACGCAAGGCAAAGUAACCACACAGAGCACAUGGAGCACACGGAGCACUUGGAGCACACGGGGCAAAGUAAGCACGCAAGGCAAAGUAACCACACAGAGCACACGGAGCACACGGAGCACUUGGAGCACACGGGGCAAAAUAAGCACGCAAGGCAAAGUAACCACACAGAGCAUGCGAAGCACCCGGGGCACACGGGGGAUGCAGAGCACUCGGGGCACAGUAAUGACACGGAUCACGUAAAGCACGUGCGGCAUAGUCAGCACGCGGACCACGUGGAGGUUUAAUGUUUAGUUCAAAAUUUUUUCCAGCUAAUAAACUCACACGGUGUACCUGGUAUUAAACAACCACCCCAAUGCUGAAAAAAUACCUGCAAAUUACUCAUUUGGGAUUCCACACCCACCAACAUCGCCCCCUAUCGUGAAAACUUGGCAGGACCCUCCUAAAAUAAGAUUAUUUCUGGGUAAAAGAGGUGUAAAUAAAUAAUACAAUGAAUAUAACCCACGGAUCUGCUACUGUACAUAUACUGCUACUGUACAUAGAUUAAAUAAUUGUAUGGGUUGUGAGGGUAUGAAUGCGACCCCCAUUUGAAACGCGAUCCUGGUCGUGUGUGCCGAACCAAAGUCACCUUGGCGAUGUUCGGUUAAUGUGUUUAUAAUGUUUUGUCUUUGUAUUAAUGUGAAGCUUUAUGUAUUUUACAAAUGUCGGAUAAUUUCGGUGAAAAGUUUGCUUCCCUGAAAUACAGAUUUGUUUAAUAUAGUUUCCGAGCACAGGCAAAGAACGCUAAGCGGCCUGCAACAAACAGCACGAUUAAUGAUAAUUGUUUUUUUACCCUUCUAUCUGGCAACAAAACUGUGUGUCAGUUUUGUUGCCAAAUAGAAGGGUAAAAAAACAAUUAUCAUAUUUUUUACUGGUAAAUGAGGUUCCAAUGGAGCACGAUUAAUGUUGAAACGGAUAAGAAUUGAUGGGUUUCAUGAAUAGGCAAGGCUAUUAUCUAAGAGAUUUGGAGAAGAGACGAUGGGAGGGAAGAAGCAGUGUGGCGAGUGAACACUGGGAUGAGACAAAACCGCCUCCACUGUUGAUGCAACAAACAUGAAUCGCAGAGGCUUCUGCACACUCAUGAACACAUUCCUGCGGAGGGAGCUGGUAGGAACAUUGGGUUGCUCGGUCAAUGGCCAGGGUCAACGGCGGCGUGGUGUAUUCCGCAAAUAUGGCCGACUGUGAGGGCGGGCACAAGCCGGCGUGAGUAGGUUAAACGUUGAGUUUUAUAAGGGCACCACAGGGUGACCAGCCCAGCCCCACCCUCCCCACCCCUCCCCUCCCCACCCUCCCCACCCAGCCCUUCCCUUCCCUCCCCACCCAGCCCCUCCCUGCACGACGGACGGACGGACACAAUAAUCCCCUGUGGGCUUGUGUAACCAGGAGAUUCCAACCAGUAUAACCUAGGUUAUAAGAGUUGCGCAUUCAUAAAUGAUCUUAAUAAAACUUUCGAUUUAAUCUUUCAUUAUUUACUUUGCACGACUGUAUGGAAGCUGGCCCAGAGGCGACAUGUCCAGGUAUUGGUGACUUUCCUUCAAUGCCCGUGUUCAGAUAGAUUUUCGUGACAUCGCUUCAGUGAACGUCGGAAGGGGAUGAGUGGGCUGGGAGUGUGCAACAGAGCCCUGGAGCUGGAGAGAGAACGCGGCGCAGCUGCGGUUGUACUUUUAGAACAUUGCACGCAGUACAAUUUAGCCUGCUUAUUCUUGAAACCAGAAGCGGGAGAUAUUUUCCAGAGCGAUGUGGGGUGCUGUGGGUUCGCAUUGUGCGGUCCGCAGACCCCAUGGUGAAUGUUCAAUCUUGAGUUGCAUUUAUAUUUCAGAGCUGUAUGUCACCUAUGUGGCUCGUGAAGAUUACAAUAACAUUAUUGCGUAACAUUUUCUCGUUUA